AUGUCAAGUGUGAUGAGGCCAAGCCGCAGUGUGCCGGCUGCGCCCGGCGAGGAGAAGAAGACGGCCCAGAGCCGAGGUAGUCCUGCUUCGGAUGCUGCCACUGCCGUUUCCGAAACACAAGGCGCCGCCGAGCCGUUGUUGGCCACACCGUCCCUCGACGAGACGGCCGCAGGGUCCAACUAUGGCGCAAAGCACCUUCUCGAUCUCCGCAUGAUGCACCAUUAUUGUAUCUUCACAGCCGAGAGCUUUGCCGCCGAAUUCUCACAGGAUAUCGCCUCAAUAUUGAAGGUCGAACUUCCGCGCCUUGCCUACCAGCAUGAGUUUCUCAUGGACGCCAUCCUCCUCGUGGCCAUGGUCCAUCUCGGCUGCACGGAACCAGAGCUCCUUCAGACCCUUCCCAUCUACCUCUACCGAGACCAAGCAUUACGCACACUGCGCCAAGCCAUUAGCUGCAUAACCGACUCAAGCAUCACGGCAGUAAAAGGCGCGUCCGUCUUGCUUGCGACUGUCUCUUUCGCCACAGACCGAGUAUCUCAGCAAUCCGGUUUAUGGCUGACCAAUUGGCUAACACUUGCCCACGGGCGACGGAAUAUCCACCUGCAGCCAACUGUCGUAGAGGGCCAGGCGAGGAAACUAUCUGGUGCCAGCUUAUACGGGUCCUUCAAUGAUGUACCAGAAUCAGACCGCAUUGCCAGCGGCAUCGUGCGCGCGAUUCAGAGGGAUCGAAACAUCCACGGCGACGAGAUGUGUCUUGACACCCUUCACAGAGCCGCGACAGAGGUGAGCCGGCUCAUCUCGGCAUUGGAGUCUCCCCGCGAUAAGCUAUGGCUUGCAAAGCAGAUCAAAGCAUGGGCCUUUGAUGUUAUAGAUCCCAGGUUUUUGGAAUUGGUCCGACAAGAGAGGCCAUGUGCGUUGGUAAUCCUCUCGCACUACUUGGCCGUGUUCGGCCUGUUGCCUCGCACAUGGGUGUAUGAUGGGCUUGUCAGCCACGACAUGGAACUUAUGGCCGACAAGUUGGGUCUGGAGUGGGAGGAUUGCAUAGUGUUGCCAAAGAUGGUCUUGCAUGUUGAAGGCCGUGAGGCGUUGACCGAGCUGUUGCUGAGCUGUCUAUAA